UUUGUGUCUAUGUGCACAACUAGCUGUAACCUAAAGUUAAGAAGGAAUUAAUGGCUCCGUGUAUUUAACUCUGGAGUGACAGUCCGGUAUCUGUAACAUGAGCGGCCAAAAAGAAGUCAGCUUUGACCCAAAAGAGCACCAGCACCUGCGCUACAACCCUCUGAGGGACAGCUGGGUCCUGGUGUCGGCCCACCGUAUGAAGAGACCCUGGGCCGGUCAGGUGGAGAAACCUCCUGAGGAGCAGAUACCCCGACAUGACCCCCGAAACCCGCUCUGCCCGGGGAACACACGAGCUAACGGAGAGCUAAAUCCAGAUUAUGACAGCACUUUUCUUUUUGAAAACGACUUCCCUGCUCUCCAGCCAGACGCUCCCGAUCCUGGUUCAGAUCAACAUCCUCUGUUCCAGUCUAAAGCUGCUCGAGGCGUCUGUAAGGUCAUGUGUUUCCAUCCCUGGUCUGACAUCACCCUCCCACUCAUGACAAAACAGGAAGUGGUUAAGGUGAUUGACAAGUGGGCGGAGCUUGUUGAAGACCUCGGCAGCACAUACCCCUGGGUUCAGAUUUUUGAGAAUAAAGGAGCCAUGAUGGGCUGUUCUAACCCUCAUCCUCACUGUCAGGUGUGGAGCAGCAACUUCCUGCCUAAUGAGCCGGCUCUGUCAGACCGCUGUCAGAGAAACUACUACCAGAAACACGGAGAACCGCUACUGCUGCAAUACGCCAAACAAGAGGCGGAGAAAAAGGAGCGUGUGGUGGUGGAGAGCUCUGAUUGGCUGGCCGUGGUUCCAUAUUGGGCAACUUGGCCCUACCAGACGUUGUUGUUACCACGACGACAUGUCCUCAGGAUGAGUGACCUGACAACCGAGGAGAGGGAGGGUCUGGCUGACAUUAUGAAGCGACUGCUGACCAAGUACGACAAUCUGUUUGAAAUCUCCUUCCCCUACUCCAUGGGCUGGCACGGGGCCCCGACCGGCCCCCAUUUAAAGGAGGACAACUCUCACUGGCAGCUCCACGCUCACUACUACCCCCCUCUGCUGCGCUCCGCCACCGUCAAGAAGUUCAUGGUGGGAUAUGAGAUGUUGGCCCAGGAGCAGAGGGACCUCACCCCAGAGCAGGCUGCUGAGAAGCUCAGGAAUCUACCAGAAGAGCAUUAUAAAACCAGAGAGAACCCGGGAAAAGGAGGAAAAGAGAAAGAAGAUGGAGAAAAGUAAAAGUGAAACAACCUGUGUGAUGACUAAAGACGAAAGGUUGGAGAGUUUAAGUGCCUUUAUGAACACGGUGCUUCAAAAUAUUCUUACAUGUACAAUCUAGAACAUAUGUAUACAUUUUCAAUACAUUUCUGUGUACAUAAAGCGGAUACUGGGCUCCUCACUAUAAUUAUGAAAGCUCCUCAUCCAUGUUUUAGGGAGAUAAUGAGAAAACACUGUUCUUUUCCCCCACAGUCUCUUCUGUUGAAAUUAAACAAACUGUUUGUUGUUUCGUUGUGUUAAAAAGCCUUUUCAAACCACAAAGCUUUUUCUUCCAACAACACAAUGAGUUAUUUGUGAUUUAAAUGAAUGCCUUUGUUUCUUGUGAACGAAUUACAUGGAAAUUAUUUCUUGAAGUGCUUAACUGUUUAACAGCUUUCAGCCCCAAAGCUGUGACAGCUUGAUGUUUAAUUUUAUGGAGAAAAUAAAUGAUUUAUUAGAUGAAAUGUCACCUGAGUUAACAGAC